UGGCAGCCAACGCUGCUGAGCUCACAUGAGCGACAAGAGACCGUGAUCAAAUUAGUGUGCGACCAGAAGACACGAGUUCCUUAAGUACAGUACACUUUAGGAUUUCUUGGUCACGUGAUUCUUGUGCCUCGAACCUAUCAUCUAUCUACCAGCUGGCCGUCAGCGCUCACAAUACAGGAUACGACAGGAUGGCAGGAGAGCCAAUGUCAUGUGACUGUUUUGUUUCAUUGCCUCCUGGCUCUCUUGAUAACCAUGUUAUUUUUGGGAAGAACUCCGACCGUCCCCGGGAUGAGGUGCAAGAGGUAGUCCACUACCUCUCAACAUCCCACCCUCCCGACACCAUGCUUGAGUGUACGCACAUACAGAUCCCUCAGGUUGAGCGUACACAUGCAGUCAUCCUGAGUAAACCAGCUUGGAUGUGGGGAGCUGAAAUGGGAGCCAACGAUCGGGGAGUUUGUAUCGGGAACGAGGCAGUUUGGACUCGGGAGGCUGUCAUUCCUGGAGAUGCUCUGCUGGGCAUGGAUCUUGUGAGGCUGGGCCUGGAACGUGGUGACAGCGCAUGGGCAGCGCUCACUGUCAUCACUGGCCUGCUGGAGCGGCACGGACAAGGCGGUCAAAGCAGGGAAGAUUCAGAACCUUUGAGCUACCAUAACACCUUCCUUCUGGUGGACCGAAAUGAAGCCUGGGUGCUGGAAACAGCUGGAAGACUGUGGGUGGCACGGAAGAUCUCAGAGGGAGUGACUAACAUCUCCAACCAGUUGACUAUCGGCACCGAGAUCUCCGCAGAGCAUCCAGAGCUGCGGAGUGUGGCCCGGGCACAGGGCUGGUGGGAUGGUGUAGGAAAGUUUAACUUCUCACAAGUCUUCGGCCUUGAGAAGCAACCUGUCAGGAUGGAGCUUGCCAAAAAGCGAUAUAAGGGGGGUGCAGAGUUACUACAGCAACAUGACGGUUCUGUUACAGCAGAAGUGAUGAUGUCUAUUCUGAGGGACAAGCCCAGUGGCAUCUGCAUGGACUCUGGCGGGUUUUGCACCACAGGCAGUAUGGUGUCUAUACUCCCCAGAGAUGCCAGCCUGCCCUGCAUCCACUUCUUCACUGCAACUCCAGACCCCUCCCGGUCCAUAUUCAAACCUUAUAUCUUUUCUGAGGAUUACACCCCCGUGCUUCAGGUGGUCUCCCCGCACUUUGGGCCUCUCAGGAAGCAGCCGCGCCCUCAAGUGGACCGCAGACAUGACCUUUACAAGGCUCACCAGGAGGCACUUAACACCAUGAAGACUGAUCCGGUAGGUCAAUUGCAUGUUUUGUAGUAAAGGGUUCAAUUCCAGCCCUGGCUUCCUGUGUGGAUUUUUUAUGUUCUCCCCGUGCCUGCAUGGGUUGUCUCCGGGUCCUGCGGUUUUCUCCCACAUUCCAAAAGAACAUACUUGGCAGGUUGAUUGGGCACUCCAAAUUGUCCUGAGGUGUGAUUGUGAGUGCGAAUGGUUGUUUGUCUAUGUGUGCCCUGUGAUUGGCCAGCAACCAGUUCAAGGUGUACCUCACCUAUUGCCUGUAGACAGCUGGAAGAGAAGCAGAUUAGAAAUGGAUGGAUAGAUGGAUCCACAUAAAAUGCAUUGCUCACAUGUACAAGUACACCAAACUUAAACAAACAAAAGUAUGUAUUCAAAGAAGAAGGAUCAUUGUUCAGUGUUUUGUUGAAUAUUGGCAUAAGCUACAAACAACUGUGUGUAUUUGGCACACAGUACCAGUAAGUGCAACGUCCAUUGUGCUAUUAUGUAGUGACUCAAAGAAAACAUUUGAACUAUUUAUAGAAACGAUUUAUCAAUGUUCCAUAUUCCUGCCAACAAACAAACAGUAAUGUGUUCCUCGAACUGGUCCUUGGCCUUGAGGACUGGCUCGAGGACCGAAGGUCGGUCCUUUGUCCUUGGCCUCGGAGUCAAGUCCUUGGUCCUUGGCCUUGGGUUGCCGGUCCUCGGACACAAUGAGAGAUAUGAGCCUCCAAUCCUUCGUCCAAAGGUAUAAAGUGGGCCUGAGAACCGCAAAAAUCAUGAAGAAAGCAAACAAAAUCCAUCCAGGGAAACACAUGUUGAUGAAUUUAUCUGGCGCUUUAAGAGGGGCGAGGCUGCCACUGACAGGUGACAGUCAGUGCAACGUGUAAAGAGCGGCAUCACAGUUAUUUUCAAUCACGGUUCGUUCCGUUCGUGAUCGGCAGUUUAAAUAGCAUGUAAAGCCUUUCUGUAACAUUGGUGUCUUUUAUUUAGUUAUUUUUGCACAGUCGUCACGUUUGUGCGGUCGCACUCGAAUGUUUGUUUGAAGCAAGUACAUACCUGUCAACUUUUCGGAGCGCCAAACUGUAUAAACUACCAAAAAAAUCCUUAUAAAGAGCAAAAAAUCCGUAUAACAUCCAUCCAUCCAUUUGCCUU